AUGACGCUUGUCAAAUACAGCACGAUUGCUUUCCCACUCCGAUCAUUUCGGCUGUUUAUAUUCGUCAAGAAGGCACUUUACCACAACGAGCCGCAUAGUAUUGACCCUUUUCAUGAUAAAAAUUGGAUUGUCAAAAGACCUAAAUUCCUCAAUUUACCCAAAAAUGAACAUUCAAAAUUAGAUAUAUUCCAGUUUAAUUUCAAUAAGUCCAAAAGCAAUAAUGUGUAUCUACGGGAUCCAUUAUUCAGAGAUAACCUUGACAAAGCGAUGCAAAUUAUCUAUAACGAAAAAUUGUCGUCCUUGGAUGCCAAACAAGUACCAAUAAAGAAUCUUGCUUGGUUAAAAUUAAGGGAUUCUAUAUACCAACAACUUGAAGAUCCGAAGCAGCAAACCAAAAAUUAUGUACCUUCGAUAAGCGAGAUUAUACAUCCUUCAUCUCCAGGUAAUUUAAUUUCACUGCUGAUAAAUUGCAAUAAAAUCGGCAAUUCAGUCUGGAAAUCUAUUUUAAAAAAUGGCCAAAGCAACAAUAUAAGCACACUAGAUAAAUUUAUUCACGUCCUCCAACAGACCUUCGACCAUAUGUACGAGCAGGAGAUACUACCUAUGAUGACAAAUACUGAUGAUACAGAUGGUGCUCACAACGUCGACAUAACGAAUCCAGCGGAAUGGUUUUCAGAGGCAAGGAAGAUUAGAAGGCAUAUAAUCAUGCAUAUUGGGCCCACGAAUUCAGGCAAGACCUAUAGAGCGUUACAGAAAUUGAAAUCCGUGGACCGCGGAUACUACGCAGGGCCGCUAAGAUUACUAGCAAGGGAAGUAUAUGAUAGGUUUCAGAGUGAAAAGGUCAGGUGCAAUUUGCUGACUGGGGAGGAAGUUAUUCGUGACUUGGACGAUAAAGGAAAUCCGGCAGGACUAACAUCAGGUACAGUAGAAAUGGUGCCAAUAAAUCAAAAAUUUGAUGUUGUUGUUCUUGAUGAGAUUCAAAUGAUGUCUGAUGCGGAUCGUGGCUGGGCUUGGACAAAUGCACUGUUGGGUGUAGUUUCCAAAGAGGUCCAUCUUUGUGGUGAGAAGAGUGUUCUGCCUCUGGUUAAAAGCAUAGUUAAAAUGACUGGUGAUAAACUAACAAUCAAUGAAUAUGAGAGAUUAGGGAAGUUAAGUGUUGAAGACAAACCUGUCAAAGAUGGCAUCAAGGGUUUACGCAAGGGAGAUUGCGUAGUUGCAUUUUCUAAGAAGAAAAUAUUGGAUCUCAAACUAAAGAUAGAGAAGGACACCAACUUGAAAGUUGCCGUAAUUUAUGGUUCUUUACCUCCCGAAACACGUGUUCAACAAGCUGCCCUAUUUAACAAUGGAGAAUAUGAUAUAAUGGUAGCAUCAGAUGCUAUCGGUAUGGGUUUGAAUCUGUCUAUUGACAGAGUUGUAUUUACAACAAACAUGAAAUAUAAUGGUGAAGAACUAAUGGAAAUGACUUCUUCUCAAAUCAAACAAAUAGGCGGUCGCGCAGGAAGAUUCAAAUCCAAGUCUACCUCCGGAGGUGUUCCUCAAGGUUUAAUCACUAGUUUCGAAUCAAAGGUUUUGAAAAGUGUAAGAAAAGCUAUAGAGUCACCCAUUGAAUAUUUAAAAACCGCAGUUACAUGGCCUACAGAUGAAAUAUGUGCUCAAUUAAUGACGCAAUUUCCACCAGGUACGCCGACCAGUGACCUCUUACAAACUAUUUCAGAUGAGCUAGAGAGAAGUUCCGACAACUUGUUCACGUUAUCUGAUUUAAAGAGCAAACUGAAAGUUAUCGGCCUAUUCGAGCACAUGGAAGAUAUUCCAUUUUUCGACAAGCUGAAACUAAGUAAUGCGCCCGUAAAGGACAUGCCUAUGGUCACAAAGGCGUUCACCAAGUUCUGUGAGACGAUAGCAAAAAGGCACACAAGAGGACUAUUGUCGUACCGAUUACCCUUUAACCUACUGGACUACAAUUGUAUACCUAAUGAGAGUUAUUCACUAGAGGUUUAUGAAUCAUUGUACAAUAUUAUUACACUAUACUUCUGGCUCAGUAACAGGUACCCAAACUAUUUCAUCGACAUGGAAUCUGCCAAAGAUUUGAAGUAUUUCUGUGAAAUGAUUAUUUUCGAGAAACUUGAUCGAUUGAAGAAGAAUCCUUACGCACAUAAGCCCUUUGGCUCCACAAGGGGCCAGUUCCCAUCUUCGAGAGGAAGAUUGCGUACAUAA